CGUCCUCCGGACUUUCUCCCUAGAGGCCGGGUAUCAGAGACCAGCCGCUGCCUCUCUGAACUACUUCCCAGGUUUGGCGCCUGGAAAACUUCACGUUCGGCUUUCUUCUGCCCCUGGCUCCGCCCAGGCUCCAGACCCUGCCUUCCUUCGGCCUUAUCCGUCCCGGGCCACCCCUUUUCCCGCUGCCUCUGGCGUGAGAGUGCUGAGAAUCUCUGAGCCAGCUCUGGGCCCAACCAAGGCGGGCAGCGAAUAUCAAGUGUCACUCUACAGAGGAACAGGGACACCCGCUUCGGAGGCUGUCUUCUGAGCUCAGCGCUUUCAGAGUAGCGCUGAGCGCAGCCGGGAGUUCUUUGCCACCGUUGUCACUUCGCUCUUUGGAAGGCCCGGGGAACAGCCAGGGUGGACCACUGAAGCAACACAGGGACCGCGCGAGAAUGUGAACUUGGAGACACCUUUGAGCCUCGCCAGUAGGAAAGGAGGGAGCAGAAGCCCAGCUGAUCCCCAAAGCGCAGCCGCUGUCCCCAAGUCACUAAGAAGGUGCAUGGGGGCGCAACCUGGCAACUGAGCUCGGGUGCCUCUGAGGAGUUCUCACCGCCCCGCGCCGGGAGCACAAGGGACGUGCUCCGGGCGGACUCUCAGGCAAUCUCCUCCCGAACCCUCAGGACUGUCCUUAGGCCACGAGGAGGAGCUUGCUGGAGACUUCGAGGCUGUCCAGAGCCAGAGAGCAGGAGCGCAGAGUCUCCCGCCUUCGGCUGGGAAGGGGGAGUGGCGCAAGCGGGCUGGAGCUAAGAUCUCAGCGAACCACUGACCUUCUUCCUCCUCUUCCUUAGUCUCUUUGAGACUUGGGCUCCAGGGAGAAGGUUCUAAAGGCGGUAAAGGGACUCGUACCUCUUUUUCCUAGAAGGCUGGGGGUGGAGCUCCUGUUUCUGCCUCCGCAAGGACACUUGGAGCGCGCUGGUGGAGCGUGAACGGGGCACUGCCCUCCACCAUCCUUGGCGAGCCCCGCCUGGCAGCUUUCCUCCAGCCUACUCCAACCACUUGUUUUCUCAGGUCACAGCCUCCAGCGAUCUAGGAGGGAAAAGAGAAGGUGGCCCUCGGGACUCAGCCCCUCCGAGAUGUCAGCCCAGAGCCUGCUGCACAGUGUCUUCUCCUGCUCUUCGCCCGCGUCCGGCGGCACGGCCUCGGCCAAGGGAUUCUCCAAAAGGAAGCUGCGCCAGACACGCAGCCUGGACCCAGCCCUGAUCGGUGGCUGCGGGAGCGAGAUGGGCACCGAGGGCGGCCUGCGGGGCUCCACAGUAAGCCGCCUCCACUCUCCGCAGCAACUAGCCGAGGGUCUCGGUUCCCGCUCCACGUCUUCUCCCCGAAGUCAGCACCCUCGGGCUACCCGGUUCCCGACACCCAGACCUUUAUGCUCGUCUUUCUCCACACCCAGUACCCCUCAAGAAAAGUCGCCUUCUGGCAGCUUCCACUUUGACUACGAGGUCCCACUGAGUCGCAGUGGUUUCAAGAAGAGCAUGGCCUGGGACCUGCCUUCUGUCCUGGCCGGCUCCGCGAGUGGCCGCAGUUCCGCAAGCAUCCUCUGGCCCUCUGGGGGAGGCCCCAAUGGCAUCUUCGCUUCUCCUAGGAGAUGGCUCCAGCAGAGGAAGUUCCAGCAGUCACCUAACAGUCGUAGCCACCCGUAUGUCGUGUGGAGGUCCGAGGGUGACUUCACCUGGAACAGCAUGUCUGGCCGCAGUGUGCGUCUGAGGUCAGUCCCCAUCCAGAGCCUCUCGGAGCUGGAGCGGGCACGGCUGCAGGAAGUGGCUUUUUAUCAGUUGCAGCAGGACUGUGACCUGGGCUGUCAGAUCACCAUCCCCAAAGAUGGACAAAAGAGAAAGAAAUCUUUGAGAAAGAAACUGGAUUCCCUAGGGAAGGAAAAGAACAAAGACAAAGAAUUUAUCCCACAGGCAUUUGGAAUGCCCUUAUCCCAAGUCAUUGCCAAUGACCGGGCAUAUAAACUAAAGCAAGACUUGCAGAGGGAGGAGCAAAAGGACGCAUCUGAUUUUGUGUCUUCCCUCCUCCCGUUUGGGAAUAAGAAACAGAACAAAGAACUCUCAAGCAGUAACUCAUCUCUCAGCUCAACCUCAGAAACACCAAAUGAGUCCACAUCCCCGAACACUCCAGAACCGGCUCCUCGGGCCAGGAGAAGGGGUGCCAUGUCAGUGGAUUCCAUCACGGAUCUGGAUGACAACCAGUCUCGACUCCUAGAAGCUUUACAACUCUCCUUGCCUGCUGAGGCUCAGAAUAAAAAAGAAAAGGCCAGAGAUAAGAAGCUGAGUCUGAAUCCCAUUUACAGGCAGGUCCCCAGGCUGGUGGACAGCUGCUGCCAGCAUCUGGAAAAACAUGGCCUCCAGACAGUGGGGAUAUUUCGAGUUGGAAGCUCAAAAAAGAGAGUGAGACAAUUGCGUGAGGAAUUUGACCGUGGGAUUGAUGUCUGUCUGGAAGAGGAGCACAGUGUUCAUGAUGUGGCAGCCUUGUUGAAGGAGUUCCUCAGGGACAUGCCUGACCCGCUUCUCACUAGGGAGCUAUACACAGCAUUCAUCAACACUCUCUUGUUGGAACCAGAAGAACAACUGGGCACCUUGCAACUCCUCAUCUACCUUCUACCUCCCUGCAACUGCGACACCCUCCACCGCCUCCUACAGUUCCUCUCCAUUGUGGCCAGGCAUGCAGAUGAUAAUGUCAGCAAAGAUGGACAAGAGGUCACCGGGAACAAAAUGACAUCUCUGAACUUGGCCACUAUAUUUGGACCCAACUUGCUCCACAAACAGAAGUCAUCAGACAAAGAAUAUUCUGUCCAGAGCUCAGCCAGAGCUGAAGAGAGCACAGCCAUCAUAGCUGUGGUCCAGAAGAUGAUUGAAAACUAUGAAGCCCUGUUCAUGGUUCCCCCUGAUCUUCAGAACGAAGUGCUCAUCAGCCUUCUGGAGACAGAUCCGGAUGUCGUGGACUACUUGCUCCGAAGAAAGGCUUCCCAAUCCUCGAGCCCUGACAUGCUGCAGUCGGAAGUUUCCUUUUCCAUGGGAGGGAGGCAUUCAUCUACAGACUCCAACAAGGCCUCCAGUGGAGACAUCUCCCCUUAUGACAACAACUCCCCAGUGCUGUCUGAGCGCUCCCUGCUGGCUAUGCAAGAGGACAGGGCCCGGGGGGGCUCGGAGAAACUUUAUAAGGUGCCAGAGCAGUAUACACUGGUGGGCCACUUGCCAUCGCCAAAGUCGAAGUCAAGAGAAAGUUCUCCUGGACCAAGGCUUGGAAAAGAUAUGUCAGAGGAGCCUUUCAAUAUCUGGGGAACUUGGCAUUCAACAUUAAAAAGUGGAUCCAAAGACCCAGGAAUGACAGGUUCCUAUGGUGACAUUUUUGAAAGCAGCUCCCUGCGACCGAGGCCCUGUUCCCUUUCUCAAGGGAACCUAUCCCUGAAUUGGCCUCGGUGUCAAGGGAGCCCCACAGGGCUGGACAGUGGGACUCAGGUCAUUCGGAGGACUCAGACGGCGACCACCGUGGCACAGUGCAGUGUCCACCUUCCCGUGUCGCGUGUCUGCAGCACUCCCCACAUCCAGGGCGGCGGCAGGGGGUCCAGGCAGCCUGCAGCCAGGUCUGAGCCAUUUUUGUCCCUAAACAGUACGGAAGACCUGGCCGAGGGUGAGGUGGAAGAGGCCUGGCUGCAAAGCCAGGCCCAGCCUGUGUACCAAAAACCUCAGGAAAGUGGCAGAGAUGACAGGCGCCCCCCGCCUCCUUACCCGGGGUCAGGGAAGCCUGCCAUGGCCUCCUCGGCCCAGCAGCCCCAGGAGCCUCCCCUGUGGAGGCUCCAGAGGCAUGAAGAAGGUUCGGGAACAGCUGCAGAAGAAGGAGGCCAGCAAGCCUCAGGAGAACAUCCAGCCAGGCCAAAAAAACUGAGCAGCGCCUACUCCCUCUCAGCCUGCGAGCAGGACAGGCAGAACUUGGGGGAGGCCAGCUGGCUCGACUGGCAGCGAGAGCGGUGGCAGAUCUGGGAGCUCCUGUCAACUGACAACCCCGACGCCCUCCCGGAAACCCUAGUAUGAGCCUGCCCGCCAGCAGCUGGAGCCCACCCUCCCAAAAAAAAAAAAAAAAAACAUCCUCUUCCGGCCCAGACCCGGAAAACUU